CUUAUCUCAUCUCCUCUUCUCCAGUUUGUGGCCUUUGCCUCCUUGUUCUUCAUCCUGGUCUCGAUCACCACCUUCUGCCUGGAGACCCAUGAGGCAUUCAACACCAUCACCAUCAUCAACAAGUCUGAGGCGGUGCUCAACGGCAGCCUGCCGGACCUGGGUCCUGAUUACAUUAUCGAGACGGACCCGGCUCUCACCUACGUGGAGGGUGUCUGCGUUCUUUGGUUCACCCUGGAGUUCAUGGUGCGUGUCAUCUUCAGCCCAGACAAGCUGGAGUUUGUCAAGAGCCUGCUCAACAUAAUCGACUUUGUGGCUAUCCUGCCUUUCUACCUGGAGGUAGGCUUGAGCGGACUGUCGUCUAAAGCAGCUAAGGACGUCUUGGGCUUCCUCAGAGUGGUAAGGUUUGUCAGGAUCCUGCGWAUCUUCAAGCUGACGCGACACUUCGUGGGGCUGCGGGUGCUGGGUCACACAUUGAAGGCUAGCACCAACGAGUUCCUCCUUCUCAUCAUCUUCCUCGCCCUAGGUGUGCUUAUCUUCGCCACCGCAAUCUACUACGCCGAGCGCAUCGGCGCCAACCCCAACGACCCCACGGCCGGCGAACACACCAUGUUCAAGAACAUCCCCAUCGGCUUCUGGUGGGCCGUGGUCACCAUGACCACGCUGGGUUACGGUGACAUGUACCCGCAGACGUGGUCGGGCAUGCUGGUGGGCGCYCUGUGUGCCCUGGCGGGCGUGCUYACGAUAGCCAUGCCUGUGCCCGUCAUCGUCAAUAACUUUGGAAUGUACUACUCGCUGGCCAUGGCCAAGCAGAAGCUUCCCAAGAAGAGGAAGAGGCACAUCCCCCAGGUCGCACUGGGGGGAUCCCCAACCUGCCUCAAAGUAGACCUCAACACCACCUGCAACAGCCCCCAGGGGGACCUCUGCAACAUGCAGGGGAGCAGGGUGCUGGAGCGCAACCAAUCAGUGCUGUCAGGGGACGGCAGUGGAGGCAGUGAUCUCCAAUGUCCCCAGCACAGAGGAGAGGGUCCCAUGCGCAGGUCCAGCACAGAGCAGGAGCGGAGGAGUGGGGGGACGUGCUUCCUGCUGGCUGCCAGUGACUACACCUGCCCUGCCGACGGUGGGGUCAGGAAGACAGGCUGUGAGAAAUCCCCAAGCUUAAGCAACAUAGCGGGCUUGGCUGGUAACGCCCUGACGCUGUCUCCAGUGACCUCACCCUACGAUUCACCGUGCCCGCUGAGGCGUUCCCGCUCCCCAAUACCAUCCGUCCUGUGAGGCCCGGCCCAGAGCGAGGCUUGCCUUCCAUCUGAGCACACUCCCRUCCCCCACCCCUACCCCCAAAACACCCGACAGAAGCCAYCUUCAUAGGCGUUAGCUCUCUGUAGCAUCCUGGAAUCAUAUAAUAUACUCUGUGAAUGUUGUUAGCUACUUUAGAGACUAACCUUAGUGGUUUCGACCACAGACUAACCCUGCUCUUCUCCUCUUCCAUACAAACGUUGCUUUGAACUGUAGAUGUGGUGACCACCCCUGAAGUAGCUUAGCUGUUGCAGCACUUUGAAUUCCCGCAUA